ACGGCCAUUAAUUUGGUUCGUCGGCGAGGCGAGUAGACGUAUCAGAUUUAUAUUUAUCUAUCUGGAGCGUGUUGUGUGCGUGUGGAUUAUACCGAGCAAUUAGGCCGCGCUUUGGGUAUAUUCCGCUUUAUCGCGUUUUCGACGCGAAAGAAAGAAGAAAAGAACGAGCCGCUCGCACGGAGAGACUCGCAGAGACGACGAGCGCUCUCGUCGUUGUUUUAUAUCCGCUCGUACAUCGCUCAGCCGUGUGUCGUAACCUUGUCGCAGCGUAGGUUACAAGCGGUUUAAUGACGAACACAAAAAAAAUAGCUUUAUCCAAUGCAGUCGUAAGUGCUAUUAUCAAUCGUCGCGAUAGCCGGAAUAAUUGUAGCGAAACCGCCGCUAGGCCGCUCUCGGCUUGGCCAGUCGCGUCACCUUCAUGACUCGAUAACGGCACAACGGACGCGUAUAUGUCUUGAUUUAUGCGCACUGUGAAUUGAGACGUACGUACGCGCACUUACCUACGUGCAUACACGGUGAAUUAAAAAACAUUACGGCGAUUCACGGACGCGUGCGUGCGUGCGUGCGUGCGCGCGCGCGCAUGUGUGCGUCGUGAUUUUAGAUUAUUAAGGUCGAUUCACACUAUAUGGCACGGACCGUCGCGCGUACCGGCACCGAUACAAACGAUACCGACACGACAAAACUUUAAAACACGCGUUUUAAUGAAACUACACUAAUCAACAUCGACCUGCACGUUCCGUCAACGGGACGUACCGACACCGACCGACAUUCUCGCAAACAAUGUUUUGACCGGUGCGUGUCGGUACGUGUCGGUGCUGGUACGCUAGUCUGAAUCAGUAAGCGGCAGAGAACGGACGCAGCAGAGGAUGGAACAGGAAAAAUUAAUUGAAAAUGUUAAGGCCUAUGAGCCAUUAUAUGUCAUAAGCCAUCCAAAAUAUAGUGAUACUAGAUUCAAAGAAAAUAUUUGGAAAGAAAUUGCGAAGGGAAUGAGCCAGCCAGUGGCUGUUUGUAAAAAAACAUGGACAAAUCUGCGAGACUCUUUCAGAAGGGCUUUGAAAAAAAAACGUAAAAUAAAAAGUGGACAGGCUGCCUCAAAAAUAAAAAAAUGGAGAUUUGAAGAUGAAAUGUCGUUUCUAUUACCAUUUAUGCAAGAAAGAGACACAUGUAGUAAUUUGGAAGAUAUUAGUGAUGAUGAUAAUGAGAAUGAACUGAAUGAAGACGAAUAUGAUGAUAAAAACGAUGAUAGAGGAGAUGAUCAAAACGAUAAUAGAGGAGAUGAUCGAAACAACGAUAAAGGAGAUGAUCGGAAUGGUAAUAAGAAUGACGAUGACAAAGAUGAUGAUGUGGAUGAGGAGUUACAUAUUGAGAAUGAAAAGAAGAAAAAAGAAGAAGUCAACAGAAAAAUCAUUAACGUAGCUAGGAAUAAGGGAAAGAGAUAUCAAACACAAGCAGAAACGGCAUCACCAGUAAUGAUGAAAUAUAUGUUAGAUAAAAAAACUGCUAAAGAGCAGAUAACUCGACCGAGUCAACAAUCCAGUGCAGUAGACACAUUUUUUGCGAGUAUUGCAUUAACAGUAAAGAGUUUUUCUCCUUAUUAUCAAAAUAUAGCGAAAUCACAAAUAUUCUCCAUUAUCAGUAACCUUGAAAUGAAGCAAAUUAUGCAAGAACAACCAGUUUUCGUACCUAACUCACCUACACCCACACAACGUUGACAUUCUACAUCACUAUUUACAUUCUACCAUCACUAUCGUCAUCAACAAUACCAACUAUAUAUCCGUCUUCAAGAAUCGCAAACUCCAAUUCCGUCGCCAUCAUAUUAUGAUUUCCCGACGAUAAUUUCAAUGCCACAUUUAAACGAAGAAACAGGAUAUACGGAGAAUAUGAACAUGUAAA